UGGAAAAAAAGAUCCCUUAGCAGAUGUUCCUUCUUCUGAAGAAGAAGUAUCAAGCAACCUGAACCCUUCAGUGGACAAAAGCAACCAUUCAAGAACUGAAAAUACAGAACAACAAGGAGACGUCAUCUUCGAGAGAGAGGAAGACCCCUGGACAAUA